AUGAGGACCGUUUUGUUCCUUGUGUUGCAGGUUCUUCUAGUCACCAGCCCAGUCAUCGCCACAUCAUGCGAUGACAUCCGCCCCUUACAGCUUCCUAUCAAGGAUAUCCAAGUGCUACCCAAAAUACCCGACUCUUUCAUGAGAGGCAUACAGGCGAGUAUUGGAACACCGCCCCAAGAUAUUGUGGUGUUGCCGUGGCCGUCAGUUAUUCCAUAUGCCCUCAUCAAGACUGAUCCCUUACCUAGACUGAAUAGGGAACUUAACAACACAUGGAUCUACGACCAGCAAGCAUACUGCGACUCCACCAUCAUAUGGAACGACCUCAUAUGCGAUGUUCGGCGUGGCAACUUAUACGAAGAGAACAACUCUUCCUCAUCCGACAAAGCUAGUGACAUGGUCGUUGCCGGUGGUGCUCAUGUCGAGACGCAAGGGCUUGGGGCGGAACUGGGCAUCCACAAUCUCCUGACCUCAAGCUUGCCGGUGACCGAAAUCAUCACCCUCGAAUCGACACAGGCACUACUCGACUUCCCCGUCGGCAUACCUAGGUUGAACUGGGACCAUGGAUACACGAUACUUCAUGCAAUGGGAAUGGGUACGAACUCGACGGUCCUAAAUGCUCUCGUGCAGUCCAAGCAGAUUGGUUCCCGUGUGUGGUCUAUCUUCUGGGGCCGCAUGUGGGUAGACGAAGCCAGCGCCCUCGACGGCUCAAUCGUCUUUGGUGGUUUCGACCAGCAGAAGACCAUCGGCCAUAACUAUACCCAGCCACUCGACUUUAGCGACACCACAGGCUGCUGGACGGGUAUGAAGGUGCACAUAUCAAGUAUCACGCUCAACAACAAUGAUGGAAACGACUCGGAUCUGCUCCCUCCCAACACUUCGAUCGACACGUGCAUUGUGCCUCAACGUCAGCUGCUGCUUGAGGCACCGCACUCGGUCGUUGACGCUUUCGAAGAAGUGACGGGUAUGAGCAACCACGGAAUUUCUUAUGGGCUACACUGGGACGCAUUCCUUUACGACGCGGAAGGCUCAUUCGACGGCGACAUGACCAUCUCCUUCACCAGCGGUCUGGAGAUCCGCGUUCCCAACAGUCAAUACUUGGUACCCUACGUGGACAUCGACCGCAACGGCUCUCGCAUCUUCAACAACACCGAGCGCGAGCUUUUGAUCAACGGCCUGGUCGACCAACCUGCCACACUGGGCCGCUACUUUUUGACAGCCGCCUACCUGAUGGUCGAUCUUGACGCCAAUUCUUUCACGUUGUGGCAAGCGAACCCUGCAUCCGGGAGCACACUUGUGUCAGUCACGGGGGCCGAGGCCCAAUGCGGGAACGAGUCGAUAUCCGGUACUGGGUCGGCUGGGCCGGCUGAUUCGGCUGGGUCGUCGUCUUCUCCCUCGCCGACGCCUCGUCUUUCAGAGUGGGGACAAUUUACCUCGUUCGUAGGGCUCGUCGGCGAGAGAUCACCCAACCAAUGCAGGAGUCGGCUGGUGAUCAUUCACAUGGCGCAUUACCUGAUUAUCAAUAUCCAGGUAAAGCGUAUUACGUACCAUCUCAAGAGCUGGAUGGCUCGCAACCGGUUCCGAUAG